UGGAAGAAGAGGAGUGAGUCAUUUCGGCCGCUUCCGUUGGGUUUUUAGCGCACUCCGUUUAUGUUGGACCGGUUCGGUCUGGUCACCAACCGGUUGCCGCCUAUAUAAUGUAACGGCGGCCAGCGUCCUGGGCGAUUCCCCAAUCCGUCGGUGGCGGCAGAGCGGCGAUGAAGGAGAUGCAUGACGGCGGCGAUUCCGACGCACCGGAGGAGUUUACUGCCGCCGAGGGCAUUAAGCAAGAUGAAGAAAUUAGAAAAGUCCAGAGAGAGAAUGUGAUGAGGGUCGCUCAUGAGAAUAAAGAACGUAGGAGACAAUGGGCGCAGAGAAAGACUCAACCAAAACAGAAGAAAGAAGGUGUAGAAGCUGAAGAGACUGAACAACCCGAUGAGGCACCCAGUAUACCAGGAAUGCUUCCAAGCAACAUAGUUGCUGUUCUUGCAGCCCGUGAAAAGUUAACGUUCUCAUCAGACUCUGAGGAAGAAAUUGUAAAGCAGAAAAACACUAAAAGAAAGAAAAAGAAGAAAGCAUCGGGGCCUGAGACAAUUCUCCUGAAGGACAUUCCUCCUCCCCAAUGCCUGGAAAAUUCCUUGGAAUUUUUGAAGAGGAGAAAGAUGCAGGUCCCCAGAUCAUCUUCCAUUCUGAAGAAUGCGGACCAGGCAUUGCGUCUCCUUUCAUCAAAAGGUAGCUUGCGGAGCCUGAGUUAGCGAAUUUGACAUUGUUUUAACUCGUAGUAUCCAAGAUAUUAGCACCGGGGCACCUUACCUUAAUUUGUUGGCUUACAAUUUAAGUAUUUUGCAACCUUACUUGGAGUCUUGCAAUGCAACGUGAGAACAGCAUAUUAUUUGGAAUUGUAUGGAAAUUUACGA